AUGCCCUACAUCCUGUAUAGCUCGAGGCAAGAUCAGUUGCGCCAGGACUGGAGUGCGUCAAUGCCACCGGUUGAAGUUCCAACCUUCAGGGAGCGUUUACACGCCAAAAAAACAAUCAGUGCGGACAAUAAGCAGGUAGCUGAGCUGGAGCCUCCUGUGAUUCCCACAAAGUGCCCAUGGGUGCCACCAUGUGGUGCCCCGUUCGGAUCGCGGGCUCCACGAUUCCCAGAAACAAAGAUCAGGUGCACCAGGGAUGGAGUUGGGCCAGGCAGCUACAGAAUCAUGGCGCCAAUUGAUCAGGAACUUGAAAGUCUUGCAAAACGCACGUUUUCCUUUGACGCUUUCACCGAGCCGCGAUUCGCUCCCCCUAAACAUGGCUAUUACGUCCGUGAUAACGCCAACAACCCUCCUCCUGGGAGUAUUGACGUGCCAACAUUAAUUGAUCUUCUAACUUUUGCCGCGAAUCGUAAGAAAGGCAGGUUUCUCAAGUCAGUGCGGUUCCCCAAAGUAUACGGCGAAAGGUGCUGCCUCAGUGCUCCGGGAUACAAUAUUGACAAGGAGGUAAACGCCGCCUGGGGCAAAUACAACACGGACUUGCCACAAGCGAAAUCGUGCAAACUGAAACCCAUCAAAGCCCCGUUCGGCUCUCACAUCACUGCCAAAAUGACACAGAAACGGUACAACAAUUCGAUUGGCAUACAAUGCUUCUCUCAAAUGCAUUUCAGACUCCAUUUACGGGGCCAGGGCGUUAUGAUCCCUACAAAUUCGAAGAGAAACCGACUUUGCGUUACAGUGGCAUCGCAAAGGCUUCCGAGAGACAAUUUGACCCAGCCAAACACAGACUACAUGUUUUGGUAUGGGAUAAUAUCUGUUAGGAAGGGUCAAUAUGCCGGUGGAGUAUUCUCCUUCAAUUUACAAAUACCAGAAGAUUUUCCGUGUUCUCGAUCUCCUAAAAUUUUUUUGCCUUGUGGCUUUUACCAUCCAUGUGUUAACCCUACCACGGGAGAAGUGGACUCAAGUAGUGAGUUCGAGAAGUGGAUCCCUGGUGUUUCCCGAAUUUACCACCUUCUCUAUUAUCUUCGAUGCAUUCUAAGUGAUCCCGCUGUAGACCUUAGUCCACCAGCUGAUUCGAGCACCAGUCAUUGGCCUGAUUGGUCCAAGUUUGCAAAUCCCGAAGCCGCCUGCACGUACGUAUUUGAUUUUCUUGUUACCCAACCGGACGUAUUCGAGAAUCGUGCGAGGUCUUACGUUGAAAACCAUUCUCUCUGGUCCUCAACGGAUUCAAGUUCAUUGGAGUCAUCAUCUUCUUCGAGUCCCCUCAGUGUUUUAGGUUGGCAAAAUGACAGCUUCGUGGCCAUGAUCCGUGAAAAGAUUGCGAACUCAUCCCAGCCUUUCAAAAACUGUCCCUGCUGCAGUGACGCCGGCUGUAGAGGCUACUCAUGGAUCGACCCCGACAACAUGACUCUCUUCUCUCCCAUGCGCCUGUGCAAUGGAAAGCCCGACUGA